UGCAGUAAACAACUUUCCGGAACUUUACAAGGGACAUCACUCUAAUGAAAAACCGGUGCAGAAGUAAACUUCCGGGUUGGUUGCUGUUUGCAAAGAAAGCCACGUCUGUGUUUAGUUUACAUAUGGUGAUGGUGCACAGUUUUUAUGAAUGUUAGAAGACACAACAUUGGUAAUCAAUUUCUAAGCUCGAUUGUAGAGGUUGCUGGGUAUCUGUAUUCUAAAAUGGCAGAUCGGAUCUCGAAAAGACGAAAAAACUCCAAACAGAGUAGUGGUACGACUAAUAAUGAUUACGAAUAUGUGUACCUACAAAAUGAAGACACAAAUGACGGAGAAAAAAAGAAUGAGAGGUUUAAAGGAUUACAAGGGGAUUAUGGGAAUAUUUUAUUAUUGACGUUUCUUUACGUUUUACAAGGAAUACCGCUCGGACUUGGCGGCAGUAUACCAAUGCUGUUACAAAGUCGGAAAGUCAGUUACAAAGAGCAAGCAGUGUUUAGUUUUAUAUAUUGGCCUUUUAGUAUCAAAUUAUUGUGGGCACCAUUAGUUGAUUCAUUAUAUUUCCAUUGGUUUGGUCGCAGAAAGUCUUGGAUGGUUCCGACACAGUACCUUAUAGGUGUAUUUAUGCUUGUACUGUCAACACGUAUAGAUGAUCUGCUUGGAAUAGAGUCAGACGAGCCAGAAAAAGUUGAUGUUAUGACCUUGACUUUUGUGUUCUUCUGUCUGAACUUCUUAGCUGCAACUCAAGACAUAGCUGUGGAUGGUUGGGCUUUAACUAUGCUAGCCAGACGUAAUGUAGGCUGGGCAAGCACAUGUAACACUGUUGGACAGACGGCAGGGUAUUUUCUCGGAAAUGUGUUAUUUCUAGCAUUAGAGUCAGCAGAUUUUUGCAAUAAAUAUCUUAGAUCAGAACCAAAGGAUGUUGGCAUUUUAACGCUAGCUAGUUUCCUUUAUUUCUGGGGAAUUGUUUUCUUUGUAACAACAACUCUGGUCUGGAUGUUAAAGUCAGAAAAAGUUGACCCCGAGGUGGAUCCAGAGCAGGGUAUUGUGGAAACAUAUAAACAACUGUACAAAGUUAUGCGACUUUCACCAGUUAUAUCACAUUGUAUCGUUCUUAUCACAUCAAAGGUUGGCUUUGCUGCUGCGGAUUCUCUCUCAGGACUCAAACUCAUUGAAGCUGGUAUGUCUAAAACCACUCUAGCAUUGUUUGCAAUACCCAUGGUUCCUGUUCAGAUCAUUUUACCAUUGAUAAUAUCAAAAUAUACAGCUGGACCAAGACCUCUAAAUGUGUUCUUAAAAGCUAUACCAGCAAGAUUGUUGUUGGGAAUACUGUAUGCCUAUAUUGUAUACCUGGCACAUCAUGUACAAGAUACUCCAGGACAAUUCCCAACAUAUUUUUACGCUCUCAUGUUAGGCAGCUAUAUGAUACAUCAGGUUUUUGUAUAUAGUAUGUUUGUAUCUCAAAUGGCAUUCCAUGCUAAAAUCAGUGAUCCUGUGAUAGGAGGCACCUAUAUGACUCUUCUCAAUACUGUGGCUAAUUUAGGUGGUAACUGGCCGGCUACAGUUGCAUUAUGGGUAGUGGACGGUAUAACAUGGAAAUCAUGUGAAGGUGCUGAAGGACAUUCCUGCUACACUGCUGAUACUCUACAUGAAUGUAAAGAAGCAGGUGGCACAUGUGUUACAACAUUUGACGGUUAUUAUGUGGAAUCUGCUCUUUGUAUAGUAAUAGGAUUUUUAUGGUUGUUCUGGCGAAGUAAAAAAGUACGACAACUUGAUGCUCUAGAUAUGUCAGCGUGGAAGGUGUCCUAAUUCUAUAGACACAACCGGUGAACAUGGAAGUUGACAACUGGUGAACAUGGACGGUGUCUAAACGCUACAUGGACUGUUUGGAAGAUCAAUAUUAAUGUUCAGUGUUGCUCAUGCUCAAAAGUUUGGCAUUUUGUAAACAUUGAGAAGUACAUUUAUUUUACUGGAUAUUAAGAAUGAAACACUGCCAAAUAUCUUUAGGAUCAAAACAAGACUUUUUAAGAUUAUGGUUGUUACAUUAAGAAGUUUUGAAAUAUAGGUAUGCUACUGUGAUGAAAAUGUUUUCUAAACAGAGGAUAGCCGAUAUUUUUUUACUCCUAUAACAUUAAUACCAUUGUAUGAUGUUAAGUUUUCAUACGUGAUCUGAUGUAUAAAUGAUAUCAAUGAUGCAAAAGUCUAGUGUAGUUUUGUACCAAGGCUUUAUCAAGUAUGUAAGAAAAGAAUACUUGAGGUGGGUAAUAAUUUUUAUGCCUCUUGUGUCAAAGACCCGGCAGGCAUUUAGUGUUGUAACUGUUCCUCUGUGCAUUAAUUACACUGUCCUGUGUACACAAUUCAUCCUACACUUUUCAUCCAGAUUCAAAUGAAACAUGAUGUAUAUUAUCAGAACUUACAUGUUUGCUUAUUGUUUCUUGAGUUAUGUUCCUUUUAUAGACUUGAAGAUUUUACAACAGUUACUACACCUGAACCUUGUGUACUCAGCUCUACAGUUUUCAUCCAGUGCAAAUGUAACUUGGUAUAUGUCACUAAUAUUAACCUUGAAAAUUUACUGACUGAAUAGCGAACAGUGCAGACUUGGCCGGCACUGGUCGCAAAGGCAAAAUCAGUUGCCGCCAGCAGGCUUAAUGUUAAAUGGAUAUGUUCAUAGUUUUCGGACUUCCAUGUUUGAUUAUUGUUUCUGCAACCUGAACCUUGUGUACUGAACUUCUACAGUUUCCAUUCAAUGUAAAUGAAACUUGGUAUACAUUAUCAACAACAUGUGGAUGUGUGCCAGUUGUAAGAAGUUCCAUGUCCUUUUGUCUUUUUCUUCUUCAGAAAAGCCCCUUUUAUGAUAUUCUAUUCAGCAUUUUCAGGGGGCAUGUGAUAUACAAUCUUGACAUCACUAUUGCUCCAUGAAAUUUUCAUGUCAAUAUAAAAUGUAUGUUAUUGUUUGUAUACUCAAUGUGAUAUUAGCUUUACACUCCAAUGGACCAAGUACAAGUACAUCUAUUUAUUUGCUUAUUAGAGCACAGAGCAUGUGUAGCUAUAGAUAAGUAGAGUGAGAUGUAGAUUUGCUUUUAGCUUGACUAUUUAAAGGAUAGAUAGAGCUAUUGCACUCGCCCAUUCAUCUGCAUCUCAAUUUGGUUAAGUUUUUGUAUGUAAGCUGGUUUCUCAGUGUUGAUUGAAACUUCACACACUUAUUUACUGUGAUAAACUGACUUGCAUUUCACAGGUUACAUAACUCUGUUUUGCUUUUUUACAAAGUUAUGCUCCCUGUUUUUACUUUACUGUUCAUUGAUUUAAUUUUCUUUAGUGACAAGGCUGAUGAAUAGUUGAGUGUUGUUGUCAUCUGACAGCUCUUGUUGGUAUAUGAUGUAUGAAUAAAUGGGCAACAUGUAUCUCUGGCAGGGUUAUAUUUCAUGCUUUUAGAUAUUGCUUUUAAAGAUAGUAGAAGUUGAUGGCAAUCUGGGUAAAUGCAGUAGCAGGUUCUGUUAUAUUGCAUUUAAAAUGUGCCAUCUCUUAAUGCAUGGGUAAACAGCAGCCUUAAAAAUAAAUAAGAUGAUUAAUAGAAAAUACUGUCAUUUUUAUGUAAGACAGAAUAAUGUGUGUAAAAGAUCGUGUUUGGCAACUCAAACCAUGCCUGGUAAAGCCAUGAGGCAUGAUAACAAUGACAACAUGCCAAUGACAACAUGCCCAGUAGCGGGUCCGUUUGUUAAGUAAGAAAGUGUUGAUAAAGAUUUGAAAGGCAAGCUUUAGAAAGCCUUCUAAUUUUUUUGUUACCAGCUUAGUUUCUUAAUGUUGCCAAAUUGUGAUCAUGUAAUUUUUUAAUGCAGUUAAGGUGUUUUGAUUAUUCUUUUUUUUUUUUUUAAUUUAAUCCAGAUGUGAAAUGAGGCAAGUCCAUAAACCGAAUGAUCGCAGGUUCUGUUUGUUGUAAAAUUGAUUGUAAUGUGUUUAGUAAAAGACCCUUUCUCUACCUGCAGAUAUACUGAAGUGAAUAAAGAGCUUAACUGUAGUGCAUAAAAAAUGUCUUUUCUGUAGAUAAUCUUUCUUGACAAACGGAAAUUCCAUUUUUAUUGAAAGCAGUGUUAGCAAUUUCUUCUUUAAUUAAGAUCACAAAAACUAGAAAGUUUUUAUGAAACUAAGGUGAUAUUCAGUGAAUAUCAAUGUUUGUUAAUGCCCACAUGGGCCUUAAGCAAUGUCUUGUUGUUAAAAAUAGUGUAUAUUUGUUAAAUCGGAUCGGAUGGACUUGUGCUUUAUUGUUAACCUUAAUAAAUGUUAUUUCUAGAUUUUAUUUGUUAAGGGUAAUUGUCUGUACUGUUCACUUUUAAGCGGUGCUAACUAUCACAUUUUGUUCCACUCUAUAUUUUUAUAAUUAGGAAAUAAAAUAUGCAUACAUACCUAUUGACUUUUUAUUUGUGGAAUAUGGAUUGGCAUUUUUUCAUUUCAGUUCUUGAAAUUGAGGGUGAAGAGAGAAAACGUUGACCUUAGUGAAAAAAAAGACUGUUUUCAAAUUAUAGGAUGCAUAUGUUGUUUACUGUAAUUGUUUAUAUUCAAGUACAUAAUGAUGAUAUAUGAGGGUUGAUCCAAAAGUACUAUCACAGUAUCUGUGGUGCAGUUGUUCAUCAUUUUAUUAUAAUGAAAGUUUAUUUAAGAUGCACGUUCAUUCAAUCCAGUUUCCAUGAGUAAAUAUUAUUGUCUAGGGUUGUUUCAUUUUUAACUAUAGUACCAACGCUAUUUUGCUACAUGUGAAAUAAAUGUUUGUCUCAUAAACAGAAAAACACAGAACCAAAGAUAAUAAUGAGUUAACAUCAAAAUAACACACAAAAUCUAACGAUAUUGUAAUGGCAUCUCUAUGCAGUCUGCUGAUAAAACCUUUUGUGAUGUCAUCUAAAUUAAAUGUUUAAGUUCUCAGUGGUAGUUGUGUUGUAUUUUUUGUUACAGAUUUAUAGCAAAAAUGCCCAUUUCUGACAUCAAUAACGUCAGUGACAUGUGGCAUUCGCUGUUGCCAUAUUUUCAAUAGAUGUCAAUAUCUCAAUAAGUAUGCAAAAUAUUUUCAUGAUUUUAUUGGAAAUACUGCAAAUAGAUGUACAUGGAUAAUGAAUUUUUGUUACUUUGUUUUCACUAAAUUAUAAAUCACAGUUAUUAAAUAUGGCCCCAGCCAUGCCAUUGAAGGAAACACAACUAGUACAUAAAUUUUAUUUCCAACAGAUGCAUGUGUUUUAUGUAUGGUAUCCAAACAAAAGUUGUAAUCUCAUUUUCUUGCUGUUAACAAGUUCAAAGACUGGUCUGUGUUUCAUAUCCUAGGAACUCAGAGCCAGCAUUUAUAAAUGUAUGAAGUCUGAAACUUAUACAUAAGGGUAGCAAAUAAUCAAUUGGCCUUAGUUUGUCUAAGAUAUUUAUAGUGCUUAAAUUUUGACAAACCAUAAUUAGCUGCAAUAUAAAAAUACCUGUAAAAUUUCUUUACAAUCCAUGCAUAUUUUACAAUGCCAGACUGAAAUGAAAACACAGCAUUUCAAAGUCUAGGUUUCAGACUUUAAACUUUAAGGUUAAUGAUUACAGGUCCAUGUGUAAUGUAAUUAAUGAGUUCCUGUAGAGAUUAUUGAUGUCUGUUUUAUAGUACAUGUACCACUUGCUAAUUAAAGACUGAACCAUGCAAUCAGUUUUGUAUUGUGGACUGGUUUGGGAUGCGUAAAUUUAUCAAUUUAGAAAGUGAAAUAAAAAUUAUGUGCAAGUCACUAUCUUUUCUUUGCCAAUAAUUGGUACAGGAGUGUAUUUUACAAGCCUUUCUUUAAUGAUUCUGUCACAUGUAUUUAAUAUCAUACAUUCAUUAUUUAUUUUAAUAAAAGGUAAUGAAAGGUU